AUGGAAAGCUUAUGCUCCGGUAACAGCGACGGCGACGCCUCAGAAACAACUCGAACAGUCUUCGUUUGUGGAUUUGUGGCCAAGCGAUGGCACAACAGUUCACUACAAGCCAUCAUCCAAGAUUUACUCCCGGAAUACUACGUGGCAAGCAAUGGUGAGAGCUGGAACGAAAAUUCGGCAACACGAUCGCUACUUACAAACGCUGAAGCAAUGCUUUUCUUCGUGAACGAGUUUACCCUCGGAGACAAGAACUGUUUGAUGAUACUACAGUACGCAUGGCAUAUCAUGGUGCCCUUGAUCAUGCUUCGACCUCCACGCACUAAGCUUGUCAUCUGCAAACGAGAACAGACUCAUAACAAUAUUAUAGUUGCAGAGAAUGGUUCUAUAAUAAAAGGAACGCAAAAUCGAUGGUCUCCGAUAGACGAUUCACAUACGGAAAGUGUCGAUUAUAAUCUAAUGCAAGAUAUCCUUCACGAGGGUUACAAAUUAUCGAUCGUCUACGAUCGUCUAGACCACCCUGGUUCGAUGACGAAAAUCAUCGAGAGACUGCAGCAAGUUAUGAGUUCUUCACUUCGCCGUGGCUCCCGACAAACACCGGCAUUCUACUUGUCUCCAACAAAUGGUCCUGAACUUAUAGAGCGCGCCUUUUAUGAUGGAGAGAUUACGACUGAAAGAGCAGAGAAGUAUUGCACAGAGCUAAUGGAACGCCAGAACCGAGUAACUCGCAGCUUGGGGAACCUCAAAGACAACGCCGAUACAAAUUUCUCGAGGAAACCAUUUUCACCCACAAGUAGAGGAUUUACCAACAAAUACUUCGAGAUCCCACCCCUCGACGCGAACAAGGACAAUGAAGGCAACACCGCUAACAGUCAUCAAUUAGCAACAAACUCGACAAAUCACCCGCCUUCGACUGCCAGCAGAACUUCAUCGCGGGAUGGAAGAAUGAGUUCGGGAACUCUUGAUGAUCUCAGUAACUUUCAAGAGACGCAAUACCUCGUGUUCCCAAUUCAAAGCACAAGCGGCAAACCCAAGCUUAUCAAAUUUCCAGAAGAUUUAAUGGAAGAAAACGGACAACACGAUGGCAGUGUAUGGGGAUCAGAGACAAGUCUUGAAGACAAUUCUGAGGUAGCUAUGACGAUAAAUGGCGGGAUUUCGAUAGAUGAUAAUGAAGAAGGAUCACCAAUAGGAUCACCUGCUCCAUAUAUCGGAGAUCUGUGA